AUGGCAUCCCUCUACCAACACCUGAAAUUCUCCGAUCCUUCCAAGCAAAUCAGAUUGCUCCGUCUGGAGCCGUCUCCAACCGGAACCGACGAAUAUGCCUUCAGCUUGGAGGUCCAUGACUUCCAAGAGAAUAGUCGUCCAUCCUACAUCGCCAUAUCCUACACCUGGGGCGUGCCUAUCCCAAAAUUGCCGGUUGUGAUCAAUGGGCUCCGGAUGCAAGUGCAAUUCAAUUGCUGGUACGCGCUUUGGCAGAUGCGACACCACGGCUAUACCAGCGACGUCAAUUUCUGGAUGGACUCGCUCUGCAUCAAUCAAGACAAUAACGAGGAGAAAGGCCACCAAGUCGCCAUGAUGGGAGAUAUCUACUCCUCUGCCUCAUUAGUGGCUGCGAGCCUCGGGUCUGGCGAAAGUCUAGGAAAUGUGCGACAAACCCUCGCAUCUAGAAGCGAUUACGAGAUUGGCAAACUUCGGGAGAGCUUUGACCGAUUGCCUUAUUUUAAUAGGGUGUGGAUCAUACAAGAGAUUGUCCUCGCCAGGGACAUCGCCAUCUUUUACGGAUUUGAGAGGCUGUCGUGGAGUGAAUUCGUUCAGACCGUCAACCCCAUCAAAACCAAAGCCCGGAUCUCUCAAAGUGAAUGCUCAGAUGGGAGUGAUAGCUCACCCACAUUUGGCAGUCGCGUCAAUGACUCCCUGAUACACGAAAGGCUUGAAAGACUUUCUAUCAGCACGCAGCUCUGCGAUCAUCGGUCUCAGGUCGCCAAAACAUCAACAAUCAUGGAACUUAUAGCAAAAUAUAGAACUGCAGAGGCGUCGGUGGCAGCAGACAAAGUUUACGCGCUUCUCUCUCUUCUUCCUCAAAGCGACCCUAUACGACAGAAUCUCCCAGUCAUAUACGGACAAUCAACAUGGUUUCCUCUAUUCCGAGAUCUAGUCAAGCUCAUGUACAUUUACUACGAGGAUGAGCCUGUAGGAUCCAAGCACACGGCCCUCAGUCUCAUUCGCAAUGCGUUCAAAAUCCACGGUCUUGAUGACGAGGUGAUUGCCUUUAUUGAGUCUCAAGCGUGUAGUCCGUCAAACGCUCGGUUUCCCAAUCAAGAAUCUGCUCCUGUUGCAGUCUCCGGUUUGACGCCGCUGUACAAGGGGGGGCAUAGAGGGCUCAUAGUCACAAGCCAACUUGAGCCAGUGAAGACUAUCGAAGACUUAGGCUUGUUCAAACAUGAUGGCCACAGGGACCAAGAACGAGGCGGCAACAGGACGCAUCCCAAGGUAAACAUGCCGCCGCAACUCAAGUCAUUGCGAAUACUUUACACCAUGAAGAGACCACAAAGCAAGAAGUACAAGUAUGGCAAAAUUUUCAAAGACUUUGCUACCCAGGCGCAUGAUUAUUACCCAGAGAGCCUCAUUCCCCAUGAGGAAUUCUUGGUCAAUUAUGACGUUCGACCAGGAGACCUCCUUGGAUACUUGGGCUGGGACGCAACUGAGUACGACACGAAGGACAAAUGGGCCGUCGCACAUGUCGUCCUACGCCCAAUUUCCGUCGCAGUUGAGAACAAGACUGAAGACUGUGAUAUGCCUCUUGGAAAUGAGACACGUCGAGAUCGGACGCAGUUCUUUCUCCACAGCUGGGCUGUACCUAUAUGA